AUGGAUGGGAGACACUCCAUCACAGUCACUACUCUCACCUCAGCUGGGAACAUUGGGGAGGAUGGAAUCCUGAGCUGCACUUUUGAACCUGACAUCAAACUUUCUGAUAUCGUGAUACAGUGGCUGAAGGAAGGUGUUAUGGGCUUGGUCCAUGAGUUCAAAGAAGGCAAAGAUGACCUGUCGGACCAGGAUGAAAUGUUCAGAGGUCAGACAGCAGUGUUUGCUGAUCAAGUAAUAGUUGGCAGUGCCUCUCUGAGGCUGAAAAAUGUGCAACUCACAGAUGCUGGCACCUAUAAAUGUUACAUCAUCACUUCUAAAGGCAAGGGGAAUGCUAACCUCGAGUAUAAAACUGGAGAUACCAGGGCUGGGCAGUCUCUACCCAAGCAAACUUCAGAUCCCCAUGAUGACAAGGCCUGUGUAUGGAACUUCUGUGGCCUUCAGCAUCCCAGAAGUGAACAUGGACUGUAACGCCACCUCAGAGUGCUUACGAUGUGAGGCUCCCCGAUGGUUUCCCCAGCCAACAGUGGUCUGGGCAUCCCAAGUUGACCAGG